UCUCAGGGAGACAGAGCAGUGCGACUGCUUGACGCCUCUGCAAUUGUUUUCUUUUUCCACCAGACAGAAGAGGGAGUUCAGCAUGUCCAAGGAAGGGGAGUCCACCUCCUCUGCUACUGCUGAAGCUGAAGCUUCUGGGUCUGCAGGACCAGCAGAGGGUAAAGAUGGCGAACCCAAGGGUUCCACAUCGAGUUCCACACAGGGCUCUGUCUCUGAAACACCCAAGAAGAAGAAGUCCAAGAAAAACACAGAGAGCAUGAACAAGGUGUACACGUCGGUGCUCAACAGCGUCUUCGGGGCGGACAGGGAGUUGGCCCAGGCGGAGUUGGAUGAACUGGCAGAGGCCUUCAAGGAGUUUGACUACGACCAGGAUGGCUACCUGAACUACAAAGACGUGGCCGAGUGCAUGAGGACCAUGGGAUACAUGCCCACAGAGAUGGAGCUGCUGGAGAUCGUACAACAAAUCAAGAUGCGGAUGGGCGGGUUGAUGGACUUUGAUGACUUUAUCGAGCUGAUGGGACCCAGGAUGAUGGGAGAAACCGCUGACAUGCUCGGGCUCAAGGAGCUUCAGUCAGCCUUUGUACAGUUUGACACGGACGGAGAUGGGAAGAUCAACCAGGAGGAGAUGAAGGAGGCAGUCAAGACACUGCUGGGGGAGAAGCUGAAGAAGGGAGAACUGGAGGAGAUCCUCAAGGAGUUGGACGUUAACGCCGACGGCUGUAUUGAUUUUGAAGAGUUUGUGAUGAUGCUCUCCAUUCGCUAGCUGAAGAGAGGAUUUUGUCGGCGUGGACAUUUCUCAGUUGUUCCACAUUCAGUAAAAACAACUAUCUAUGCAUAUAGCUUCCAUUUGGUAACUUGUAACUGUACUGUAGGUAUAGGCUGAUUCGGUGUAAUGUGUGCCUAACUCUGCAAUGAAUGUGUAUGAGUUUGUUUAUGGAGUGGUAAUUAUGUUGCAUGACUCCAUAUAACUUCAAAUAUGGUGCAUACAUUUGAUGAGUGACUGCAGAUGACAAGAGUUACUAAAGGUAUAUGUGUUUGUUUGUUGUUGUUUUUUUGAUAGAUGCAUGGACUUUUUUUUUGCAGUGAUACAUGUGAAUGCAGUAUUUUGCUACUUUAAUAAAUAAACCAAAACUG